UUACAAGUUCUCGUAUCCAACAUGUGGGCGAUUCUUUUGACGGUAACAAUUCUGAUUGCUUCCCACCAAGUUUUUGGUGCAAGUUCGUCGUUCCUGUCCGUACACGGAAACCAUUUCCAGCUGAAUGGAGAACGCGUGUUCCUGUCCGGUGCCAACCAGGCCUGGGUCUCCUACGGCUAUGACUUUGGGAACAGGAACUACCAAUGGCGGGGAAAGGACCUAGAGCGUUACCUCAAAGAACUGCACGAAGCCGGCGGCAACUCACUCCGUAUCUGGAUCCACAUCGAGGGCGCCGUGACCCCGAAUUUUGAUGGCAAUGGUUACGUCACGGCUCCAGACAAAGAAGGCACUUUCCUUAACGAAAUGAAGACCUACCUGAAAAAGGCACAGGAGUACAACAUCCUUGUCUUCUUCUGUCUGUGGAACGGAGCCGUGGCGCAGGGAGACCAUUACAAACUAGAUGGACUUAUUAAAGAUCCUAAAAAGCUGCAGUCUUACAUUGACAAAGCUCUCAUCCCUUGGGUAAACACUGUGAAACAUUUUCCUUCUCUGGGAGGAUGGGAUAUUAUGAAUGAGCCGGAAGGGGAAAUAAUUCCUGAUCUCCAGAAUUCCGAGCCAUGUUACAGAACGACAUCCUUACACAAUAGCGGAGCGGGCUGGGCCGGCAGAAAGUACACCGCACAAGAAUAUUUACGAUUCAUCAACUGGCAGGCAGACGCUAUCCACCGGGCUGACCCCAAGUCAUUGGUCUCCGUAGGAUCAUGGAACGUUCAGUCUAACACAGACGCGAUGGGCAAAGUGGAUUUCUACAAAGACUCGUGUUUGCUUAAAGCUGGCGGGAGAGCAAAGGGAACCAUGGACUUCGUGCAGACACAUAGUUACGCCUGGCAGGGAUCUUAUGACUCGUAUUCCCCUUUUAAGCAUGUGGCAAGUGACUAUCACCAGACAAAGCCUAUUGUGAUAGGAGAAUUCAACCAAGUCAGCGGGGGUGGCAUGGAUAUCGUUGACCAAUUCGCUUGGGCUUACAACAAAGGCUACAGCGGUGCCUGGACUUGCAUGCGCGUGCGGACGGCUCAAACACAGACACCUGGGCCAAUCAGCAACGAGGAAUCCGAUCAGUUAAGGACAAGAAUGACCAGUCCAAAGGUGGACGAGUCCAUAUCACCUUGUAAAAUUAACCUCCUCUGUUUCGCACUCAUCGCGAAAAUAACAUGAAGUUGAAUGU